UGUCGUUACAGCAGAGAACGACCGCGCUUUCUGCCAGUCUACAUUCAAUCUGGCACGACGUACACACAGCAGUGAUCGUUUUGCGAAGUCCGUCCUGUUGUGUCUUUUAUCCUGCAAAUUGAAGUAUCAUUUGCAAGACAGUGCGCGUUCGUACGCAACCAUCGCCACACCUUCGAAUAACAACGCAUAAUAGAAUAUCGAAGAACACUUCACAAAUCGGUUCACACGCAAACAAAUUUCCACGAGCACUGUUUCGGCAUCUGACUAAUUAUUCGGUUACUUGUCAAAUACCCUUAUCACGUUUCUCUCGUAUAUUGGCAAACACGAUUCAAAUGCCUGAUACCGAGCGUCAUGGUACGUCGUCAUUGAUUUUGGGACUUGUUACAUCAGUGACAGAGCGUGUCGGUGCUAGCACGUGGUGUUUCGGUCGUCCCCGCGAGUGAAUGAACAAACUGUCACAGGGUGGUUCGCAGAACGGUUUGGCGAGUCACGGGAAUCGCUGUUUUAUCGCCGAACGUUUCGAACCGAGGACAAUUAUGGAAUCGAGGGUACAGAGGACUCUGAAGCAAACCCAGCCCUAUUUGUUCAACGUGAAAUGCUGCUACUGUAACUUCACCGCCCGCGACUGGGAGGACACCUUUGAUUGCGACGGCACCGAUUACAAUUAUCCCCAUCGACGAUUCUGACAUCGAGUACGUCGGAAUUCGUUUCGAGACCACGUCUCAAGGAGAUUCGGAGUUUCGUCGAAGCUGAGAGUACGAUCGGCCGUGCGCGCGGUACCGAUGAAUCGGUAUCGGCUGAGCGACUGAUAUUGAAUUAAUAAGGACGUUACGUGUAGCAUACGGAGCGAGCCGUUCGAUUUUAUUUCCACGGCGUUCUCUUCACGCGGGAGGAGAGAAAAAGUUUACGAGAAGCCUGUUCCGCUGCCGGCGGAGUUGGCGCGUUCGAUCGUCACCGAUCGCAGUCAGAUCUUCUAUCGUCCCGCGGAUUUCUGGUCGCGUCUGGUUGGAAGUGGAAGACGGAACACGAGGUGCAACGAUGAGUGUCAGGGUCGUCGUAAGCGUGACGGAAAUCGCGGACAUGAGUCCUAAAGAUCGUUACGUGGUCGAGGAGAUUGCCCUUUCCACAGCCGCCGAGGAUGUGGGAGAUGGGAUUCGGGGCCACGAAAACGACACCGAGUCCUUGCAAUUGUUGUCCCAUCUUGAUCCUCCCGUCGACAGUGUGUACAUGAUAUGCGGGGUGCUGAUUGCUAUGGUACUAGUGGGCGUUAUUAUUGUUCUACUAGCUAUAACAAUCAGCAAAUUGCGGAAACGGGAGGAUCAUUCGAAUGCUGUGCAUCCGGAACCGACCGUGGUUCAGACGGCAACAUCGCCGAUCUCCACGAUCGUUGCGUCGUCCUAUUCUGUCGAGGGUUGUUGCACGCAGAUUUCAACGACCACGACAUCAACGGACCUGGGUAACAACACAGCUGGCGAACAGGAUAACGUCUACGUGACGACCAAUGCAGCUGAACAAUUCGUCUGGCAGUUUCCGCCUCCUUAUCCACCGCCUCACACACCGGCACAGUAUGCGUUGUGCAACGGCCAGGAUACUCUUGUACACGCAUUACCGUCGGACAGGCCUGGAUUUGCAAAGGGCUUUCGUAAAAACAUCGGGGGGCGCUGGCGCCGCCUAGUGAAGAGGAAGCCGGAGACGGAGACUUGUGCCAUUCCUCCUGAGCUAAAGGAUCAACUGAAGACGAUCUACGUCUAUUGACGGCCAGCAUCGUUGAAUCGUUGCCGAUUUCGUCAUGAAACUUCCACUCAGUAAUCAAUGUUUUCCUGUAUGUAAGAUAGAUAUUGUAUCGAAGAGAGGCGAAGAUGUACAAUAAGAGAAUCGAAGUACGCGAUAAGGAAACCGGAUGCAAUGUCCGAGCGAUGUCACGUUUUUGCGAAACGAAGGGAAUCGUGAAAACACGCGUGCACAUAUCAUCCACAUGACCGAAGGAAAAGAAGAAAAAAGAAAAGGGAGCAUUAAAUUUUAAAUAAUCAAUUAUGACUAAACAUAUCAAAAAGUGCCUAAAAAUCCUGCACCGGACAAAUGAAAUGCACGCGAAGAUAAUCAUCCUUUUGACACGUUGCAUAUUUUUGUAAACAAAGGGUAAUAUAUAUGUAUGUGUGAAACAUGAUGCAUAUAUAUAUUACGUAGAGUUCAUAGGAAAACGACGAAAAUGCAAAAAAAAAUACGAACACAUUUGUUACUGCACGUUGUAGCAUAAUUUGUAUAGACAGACUGCGGAUAUUUAUAAAAAUUGACAACUUUUGAAGAUUCUCGUUUACAAAGAGAAACAAAACGAAUACUUUUCAUUAGAGUCAUUGUUAAAAAAUGAAUUUGACCGCACUUCACUACAGUUUUUACUUCAUCGAACUUUUCAUAGUCGCUUGUUAUAAAUGCACAAAGAUCCGCAGUCUAUUUAUGGCGAAACUCAUGAAAGGCAUUGUAUACAUAUAUGUGUAAUAUACGCGUGUUAACGUGAACAUAAGAGAGACAGAGAGGGAGAGGGAGAGGGAGGGAGCGAAAGAGAGAGAGAAAGAGAGAGAGAGAGAGAGAGAGAGAACAUUUUCUGAAAGGUUCGUCGCGCGUGCACGCUUCAUCGCUCGUGGUAUCGCGAAAUUGCAGAAGUUUCUUUGUAAGACUUCGAUAAAGCAGGACGACGGCGUCAAGAACUUCAUGAGACUGAAAAAAUGUAAAAUGUACGACAAGACAAGUUACCCUCGUUGCUUUUGUGUACGUUUUUACAUGAUUAAUAGGAGAAAUCACUUUCAAUCAUUAGUAUUAAUGUAUACCUGAAAAUAAUACGACCGUCGGAGCUGCCCUUGUAGGUUUCUGUUCUCGUAAUAAUGUCCCUUCUGGCAGCUCUGUUGCUGUGCUAAUAGAUGUGUUAUAGAACGGUGCCCUCCAGUGGUCGUUGCCAUUCGCAGCUAAGCGACGCACCGUGUCGAGGGGCAAGAAUCACUGGAGUACAUCGUGCGCGACGUAAAUGAAGGCGUAAACUACUUCUAAUUCUUAUAAUGGCCGACCGUUA